GUAACACAGCAGCAAAGACACCCCAGAUGGGCGGCGUGGCUUAUGUCUUCUCCAGGCUAGUGCCUCAAGCUAUUUGGGUGCUAGUGUUCCUCUGCAGGAAUGCAGCCGGGCUCGCGUCUAGCGCUCAAGGCACCGUUAGGGCAGCAUCAGCGAGACGGCCUCAAACAAUGUCCAACGCCGGCAAGAAGGGGCAAAGGGAGGUGGUAGUGAUUGGGGGUGGCUGGGCAGGAUUCGGGGCGGCAUCACACCUGUCUAGCGCUGGCGUCAAGGUUACCCUGCUGGAGGCGCAGCCAUCCGCGGGAGGAUUGGCCGCUGGGUGGGAGACGGCGAAGGGCAAGAGGGUGGAGGUGGGUAUUCACGGCUUUUGGAGAUCCUACCGCAACAUCGACCGCUUGAUAACGGAAGAGCUCAGGCUGGAUGCACGGAACGUCUUCACUAGAUAUGAGAGGUCGGCGCUGCAUACGAAGGAUGGACUUAGCGUCGUGGCGCCGAUUCUGGGCGAGCUGCCAAGACUCCCAGCUCCUCUUGGGCCGGCGUUGUACCCAAUGUUCCGCCGGUUGGGACUGCCAGACAGAGCGAGCGCACUGGGCUUGAUGAAGGCGUUCUUGGAUUUCGACGGUAGCGAGGAGGCAUGGCGGCGGUACGACAAGAUUACAGCCAGAGAGCUUUUUCGAAACGCCGGCGUUUCUCAGCGCUUGUACGACGAGUUUCUAGAACCGAUGCUGCUGGUGCUGCCGAUGUGCCCCGGCGAAGAUUGCAGCGCGGCUGCGGCCCUGAGCUGUUUCCAGUACUUCGCGCUGGAGCACCAGGUAUCUGCAUACAUCUAUCUACGUUGAUAGCUGCCUCGACAUGUAGGGUCGACUAUGAAUAUAUGCAGGCAUUCGGAACCUUCACAUUAUUUUUCACAGCAUGAAGCCAUAUACUCCCGAGCCAGAGACAAAGCAGUGGUUUGUCACAGAAUCCUGUGCUCUCGACGCGCAACGCUGGAAAACCAGGGUAGUGGUGCACUGGCACCGCCCUCUUUGCGCCUUUUCUGCGUGCGUGCCGUGAAUCUCGGUCGCGAUGCAGCGGCUUGAACAUUUUGUUGGUGCUUGAACAUUUUUGGUGGUGAUUUGUCUCUUCUGCAAAGGACGUGUGAAAAAUCCCUUGUGUUCUCGCUGUGCCUCUGUCUGCCACCAUGGUGCCUUGUUGUCCCCGAGGGCGACUUCGAUGUGCGAUGGCUCCGCGGGAGUGCAUCCGACCUGAUAUUCGCCCCCUGGCUGAGAUCAAUAGAGAGGGAUGGCGGCAAGGUCAUCGGAGGCAAAAGAGUCUCGACCAUCCGGUUCAAGGAGUUGCCGGUAGCGGAGGGC